AUGGCUUUUGAUCGCUACGUGGCCAUCUGCAAUCCCCUGAGACAUUCCACCAUCCUGACAAACCCCUUUGUGGCCAAGAUUGGCCUAGCCAUGGUGCUGCGCGGCGGAAUGGUCUCACUGCCCUAUCCCUUCCUGGUGAGUCAGUGGCCAUAUUGCACAACCAACAUCAUCCCCCAGCCGUUCUGCACACAUACAGCCGUGGUCAAGCUGGCCUGCGCUGACACCCGCGUCAAUAGUUAUUAUGGCUUCUUUGUGCUUUUCUGUGUGUUUGGUCUGGAUGGGAUUUUUAUUGCCAUCUCCUAUAUCCUGAUCCUCAGGGCCAUCUUCAGCCUCCCCACAAAGGACGCCCGGCUCAAGACUUUUGGGACCUGCGGCUCCCACCUCUGUGUCAUUUUAACCUCUUACUUCCCAGGGCUCUUCAUCUCCCUCAUGUACUGGUCUGGCCAGAAUGUGCCUGGGCAUAUCCACAUUUUCAUUGCCAACUUGUACAUCUUUAUGCUCCCCAUGCUAAACCCCAUCAUC